GGUUUUCUGUAAAUUUCGUUGUGUAAACCACAGCAGAACUGGUUUAAAUUGAUGGCUGAACUGUGUCGUGGAGAUAGACCUCGGUGACGGUCUGUCUUUUUACAGUCUAUGGUCUGAACCGAGGACACUUGGAACAGCUGGUGUUGCGUGCCGGCUGUGUCGCCAGUCAGAGACGCAGCUGAGCGGACCCGACCAUCUGAAGCGGAGUGGGGGGUAGGCAGAUAAGCUGUUUAUAUCCCGGCCAGCAGGCCCACGGUUUGACUGAAGCGAAGAAUGGACGCCUUCAUCCCCGCAUUGAAACAUGGCUUUUAAAAGGAGGUGUUACUCGGUACUGCUGGAAUCGACAUAACUGGACCAGGACUCCUAAAGGAAUGUUCACCCUCACAGAAGUAGCCUCCCUGAACGACAUCCAGCCAACUUAUCGGAUACUGAAACCAUGGUGGGACGUCUUCAUGGAUUAUCUUGGCAUUGUCAUGUUGAUGUUGGCCAUAUUUUCUGGAACCAUGCAGUUAACCCGGGACCAAGUGGUUUGUCUUCCCAUUCUGGAGCCCACCACAGAGGAUGCUGGGGGAUUUCUAGCUUCCCAACCACCAGAGAUGGUUGAUAGUUUAUGGAACAAAGAGAGCGCCAUUGGAGAGCAAGCUGCUCCUUUAAUGGCUAAAAAGCCUCCUGAUAUCAUCACGCCUACAGUUCCAUUCAAAUCGCCGGAGACUUUUGGCCAGCCUCAGCCUACAGGUGUCAGGACCAAACUUGAUUUUCAGCAGUAUGUGUUUGUCAACCAGAUGUGCUACCAUGUUGCCCUGCCUUGGUAUUCCAAGUAUUUCCCAUACCUCGCUCUGAUCCACACAAUUGUUCUCAUGGUCAGCAGCAACUUCUGGUUCAAGUACCCAAAGACAAGUUCCAAAAUAGAACACUUUGUUUCCAUACUUGGAAAGUGUUUUGAAUCCCCUUGGACUACCAAAGCACUGUCUGAGACUGCAUGUGAGGACUCAGAGGAGAACAAACAAAGAAUUGCCGGUGCCUCGUCCCUCCUGAAGCAUCUGUCCACGAGCAGCGAGGAGGGGAGUCCAAACCAGUCUGCCCCAAUGCUGAACAAAUCCGGGGUUACAUUUUCUGCUGAAAAGCUAGUUAGUGAAAUUCCGUCAAUGACCAUCUUGGACAAGAAAGACGGCGAGCAAGCAAAAGCCCUGUUCGAAAAAGUCCGGAAAUUCCGCGCCCAUGUGGAAGACAGUGACUUGAUUUACAGGCUGUACGCCAUUCAGACAGUCAUCAAAACAGUCAAAUUUAUUCUGAUCCUCUGCUACACAAUGACAUUUGUUGCCUCCAUAGAUUUCGACCAUGUGUGUGAGCCUGAAAUAAAGCAUUUGACAGGAUACAAAAAGUUCCAGUGUACGCACAACAUGGCGUUCAUGUUGAAGAAGCUCCUUGUCAGUUAUAUAGCUCUCAUAUGUGCUUAUGGUAUAAUCUGCAUAUACACACUGUUCUGGCUUUUUAGGCGACCACUCAAAGAGUACUCCUUUGAAAAAGUCAGGGAGGAGAGCAGCUUUAGCGACAUUCCAGAUGUCAAAAAUGACUUUGCGUUCCUCCUCCACAUGGUCGACCAGUACGACCAGCUCUAUUCAAAGCGUUUUGGUGUUUUUCUCUCCGAGGUGAGUGAGAACAAACUGCGGGAGAUCAGCCUGAACCACGAGUGGACCUUCGAGAAGUUGAGGCAGCAUGUUACACGCAAUUCUCAAGACAAGUUGGAACUCCAUCUGUUCAUGCUCUCAGGAGUGCCAGAUGCUGUGUUUGAUCUCACAGAUUUGGAAAUCCUCAAACUAGAAUUAAUCCCAGAGGCCAGGAUAACAGCAAAGAUCUCACAAAUGGUAAACCUUCAGGAGCUGCACUUCUAUCACUGUCCUGCCAAAGUUGAACAGACGGCAUUUAUCUUUCUUCGUGAUCACCUCCGGUGCCUUCAUGUCAAAUUCACAGAUGUUGGGGAGAUUCCUAGCUGGGUGUACAUGUUGAAAAGUUUAAGGGAGCUGUACUUGGUUGGUAACCUGAACUCUGAAAACAACAAAAUGAUUGGACUCGAGUCUCUACGAGAUCUCAGGCACUUAAAGAUACUGCAUCUCAAAAGCAACCUCACAAAGAUCCCGACAAACAUAACAGAUCUGUCCCCGCAUCUGAUUAAGUUGGUUAUUCAUAAUGAUGGUACAAAACUCUUAGUGCUUAAUAGUCUAAAGAAAAUCCUGAAUCUUGCCGAACUGGAGCUUCUGAACUGUGAGCUGGAGCGUAUCCCCCACGCUAUCUUCAGUUUGACAAACCUCCAAGAACUGGACCUAAAAUCCAACAACAUUCGCACCAUUGAGGAAAUCAUCAGCUUUCAGCACCUCAAGAGACUGACAUGCCUCAAACUUUGGCACAACAAGAUCAUCACGAUUCCAUUGUCCAUUAGCUACGUCAAAAACCUUGAGUCGCUCUAUCUCUCACACAACAAACUCGAGUCACUACCCUCAUCGUUAUUCACUCUUCUCAAGCUGAGGUACCUCGAUGUCAGUCACAACUCUAUCUCUGUAAUACCAUUGGAGGUUGGCUUUCUUCAGAACCUCCAGCAUUUUGCCAUUAACGCCAACAAAGUCGAGGUAGUUCCCAAGCAACUGUUCAAGUGCACCAAACUAAGGACCUUAUGUCUCAGCCACAACUGUAUCUCCUCCCUUCCAGAGAAAAUUGGCCAACUCUCCCAGCUGACACACCUGGAACUGAAGGGAAACUGUCUUGAUCGUCUUCCCGCUCAGCUUGGUCAGUGUGGUCUCCUGCGCAGGAGCUGCCUCAUUGUGGAAGAUCACCUCUUUGACUCGCUCCCCAUGGAGAUCAAAGAGAGCAUCAAUCAGGAAGCUAGCGUUUCUUUUCCAAAUGGAUGUAAAUGUCUAAGUGAUGGACGGUAGUCGCAUUCCAAAUGGCAUCAAAUGUCGAGCAUCACCUUGGGUUCAAAGACGUUUUUAUUUCUUUUUUCUUUAAUCAUGUCAUUAUCACUAUUAUGCUUCAUGAAGUGUUAGCAACUUAUAAAAUGAACAAAGCAGAGCUUUGUUCAUUGGAGAAAUUUUAGAUAAACUCCAGAACGAUUAUGGCUUUUGUAACGCCAGUAUACAUAUUCAGAAUAAAUUAAAGGAAAAAACAUGAAUGCUUGAACCCUACUGUGAGGCAAUGUACUAGAAAUGUCACUCUAUAGUGGGCAUUGUUGCUUUUAUGGUUUGGGUCUACUUGAAAGACUAACUUCAAAUCUGAUUGAAGUUAGUCCGGGAGUGGUUUGAUUCGUAUAAUUAUGAAGUUAAUGGCCUUUACAGUCACCAGAUUUCAGCCUAGUUGAACACAAAUGAGCGAUAUCUAACUGAAGUGUUAAACAGCGACUUCCACACCUUCAUUAAAACGUUAGGGAAUGUUUUUUGGAAGAGUUGCGUUAAAUCCAUCCAAUAGAGUUCAGCGACAUAUAGAGUAAUGGAAAGGUGCAUUCUCCAUAUUCAGAUAAUGGUAAUUUUCCUCUGUUGCCCUCUCAGGGCGGGAAGCUUAAAUGCUGUAACAUUAUUGUACUGCUGUGACCUGACAAUUGUAAUCAGCUAAUCACUUUCCUAUUAAAUACCAACUGAACAAAAAUUCAUAGUAAAAAUUGAGAGGGCCAUUGGCCCAUUUUUCAUGUUAAAACAACAUAUUUGAUGACCUUAGCUUCUGUAACACAACAGACAAUGUUAGCAUUCUACCAUAAUCCACCAAACCUUACGAUAGCCAGCAACUCUUUCUAUUAUACUCUUUUAGGACCCUUGUCCACCUAGCGUUUGUUUUUGGUCAGAAAAGCUCUGCACGUCUGUCCUCUCUUUAUGACAAUCAGACAAGACACGAUCCGUAGGCGGCUAAAAUACAGGGAAUGUCAUACAUUUGGAAAAGAGCAUCAGUGACACCAACAGCCAAGAGUUUCAACUUGAGCACUGGGAGCGGCUGAACAAAAAAGUCGGAGUGCUCGGAAAGAUGCUGGGCACUGUGCUUUUUCUCCAGGUGGCCACUUUCUGCUGUGAAAGCUCUCUACUCAUUGAAAACAAUUGAAAAAAGAAAAUAACGCUAGGUGGACUUGAGUCUAACCUUACGUUAAACAGUUAUAUUAGCCUUUAGCCAAUUAUUUGAUAGGAAGUGUUAUAAUGUCAUAGUGCUAGCUACUAUAAGCAUGACAUUAUAACAGCAUUUAAGCUAACCACCCUCAGCAUGAUGGCAGAGGGAAAAGGUCCUCUGUGUUUAUAGACAUUUUAAGGGUUUCUUCCAGCACGUGGUGGAACAUCACAUCAUUAAGACACUGUUGAUUUUCACAUUCCUCACAGUCGCUUUUUUACAUUUGUUUUUCUUAAUGUAGAUGCACAGUUGCAGUAAAAUCUCUCAUAUAUUUGACCUUUUGUAUGCACGGACAUCUAUAGCAGAACUACAAACAUUUGUAUACCUUUUAAAUUAUAACCCUUUUUUUAUAAUUAUUUUGGAAAUUUUGAUGCCUUUACUGUAGAGAUAGGACAGUGGAUAGAGUUGGAAAUCAGGGAAGAGAGUCGGGAAUGACAUGCGGGAAAGGAGCCACAGGUGGGAUUCGAACCUGGGCUGCCCGCUUGGAGGACUCCAGCCUCCGUGCAUGCGCGCACUAGCGGGACCCCCACUAUAACCCUUUUUAAACCUUAGAUUUCUUUGAUUAACUCCAGAUUAGAUCUAGAUGCACUUGAGUGAGUUUUUUUUCAAGGGAAGGUUCACUCAAUGACUGAUAUCAGCUUUGGUGUCUAUGCUAAUAGGUUUUUAUAUGCCUACGAUUUGGAGUCUAAAUACAAGAAUGCAAACAUUACAACAAAGUCUGCAGUGCUCCUGGUAGUGAAUUAAAGCAAGACACUUCUCUCCAGAAAGAGCGUCUCUGUGACCUUUACAUUUUUUACGCUUACAUUUGAUCAGCAAAAAAAUAUUUGUGAAUUCUGUUUACAUUAAGUGUGUUGACUAUCCGGAGUGACAAGACUUUGCUUGUCCAAAUAGAUUAUUUUUAAAUAAACUUUCAGUGCUGUAAGCACCAUUAAUAAUACUGAGAGGAAAAAUGUAUUAAAUCCCCAAGGAGAAAUUACAUUUUUACACACAUAUAGGCCAGUAAUACACACACAUGCACAGUCAGGAUCCUGUGGUCAUGAACUAAUGGAGAGGGAGGGGCUGCCAUCCAGAGUGCCAGAGUAGUCUGGGAUUUGUAGCGCUGCUCAAAAACCUCUGCAGGGCUCGCUAAGUGAACUGGCCCCUCUUUAGCAACCAAACCAAUUUCCAUAAUCUAGUCUGUAUUGGGACUUGAACCGGCUAUUCUCUGGUUAUAUAUCCUACAGACUGAGCUACUGCCGCCCCCCCAACUUAUGACAGUAAGUUGAGAAUAAGACUUAAAAAAAGAUGAACACUGUAACUCCUGUGUCCAAGAUCAGGAAAGUUUAAUUUGGACUCUUACCACCCUUAGUCAAAAACACUUCAUUAACAAAAACAACACCUGUGUACGUAUGACCUUGUAUCCUCAUUAACCUUAUGCAUUCCACUUUCAAUGUUCUUGUAAAACAUUUUCAUGUACACAUCAGAAGAGAUAAAGGUUCCUAUCUGACCAUUCUAGUCUACUUUUUUUGAAAAAUCUGACCCAUGCAUUUAUUUUUUUAUACAUUUUCCCCCCUUAAAGGAGCAGGCAGCAGUUUGUUCUUUCUUUAUCCCGCUGACAGCUAACACACAUCGAUGUGUUUCUUUUUUUAAAAAACCUUUUCCCGUCAUGUUUUUAUUGCUGUAAACGGUAUAGUUAUUAUGUAAUUAGUGUGUUCAUUCUUUGUAUUUAUUACCUCAUUAUCUGUUCUGCUCACUGCACAGCACUUUAUAAACCUGAUUUAUAAACGUGCUCUAUGAAUAAAGGAACUCUCACUGUUA